AUGAUAUAUCGAAGCCCCGAUCCAUUUUACGAGGGCAGUUCUACUGAAAUAUCUACACUGUGUCGCCGAGAAGCUCUACUCAAGACCGCUACAUCUGGUAACCCCGACGCUGAAGAAAUCGCUGCAGGAGAAAACUAUGGCCGAACAAGGAGCAACCCCCUGAAGACGUCCGACGACCAAAAAUAUCGUUACCUGCUCCAACAACUGCAGCAAGCCGAUCUAGAGCACAUCACGGAUAUUCUCUACGAUCCGACACCAAGUAAAAAAUACGAAAAUGUGAAGCAGCGUCUGCUAGAGACGUACGACACAUCGGACGUCAAGAACUUCCAAAAACUCGUCAGCGGCCUAGAAUUGGGAGACUUGAAGCCGUCGCAACUCAUGCGGAAAAUGAAGGAGCUCGCAAGCGGCAUGAUAACAGACGAAGGACUCCGGAUCGAAUGGAUGAACCGCCUUCCCGCGCAAGUUCGCGUCAUACUCUCCAUCAACAAAGAGUCGUCGCUAGAAACUCUAGCGGCGAUGGCGGACAAGAUGGUAGAGUACGCAGAAGGUCCCAGCGUUGCUGCCGUCACAGCAACGUGCCCCGCACCAGCGCCGUCAACCUCGUCAACUCCAGAGCCUUCCUACAUGGAAACUCUAGCGAGACAAAUAGAGAAACUCUCGCUGGAAGUCGCCGAGUUACGUCGCGGACGGUCACACUAUCGCAACCGUCGCCGCCGCUCAUUUUCAAGACCGCGAUCACGCUCGCAUUCAAGGCGGCGUGGUCCAAGGCCGGAACAGGAAGACUCGUGGGAAUGCCACUACCACUACACCUUCGGAGACAAAAGCAAAGAACUGCGUAUCCCCGUGUCGCCGCAGAAACAAGAAGAGUUCGGGAAACUAACCCCGACACCGACCGUGGCGGACGUCGAUGUCUCCCGCACUAGUCACCGCCUCUGUGUCUUCGAUCGUGACACCCGAGAACGUUUCCUCGUGGACACAGGCGCCGACAUCUCCGUGCUCGCCGCCACACAACUUAGAAAAAAGAAGCGCACCGAGGAGACAUACAAAUUGUACGCAGCGAACAACACGUCGAUAAAAACCUACGGAGAAGAAACUAUCAAGCUCAACCAAGAUGAAGACAGCCACAAGAAGCUUCUCCGCCAAGUCCUAGAGUGCCUAGAUCAAAACGGCAUCACACUGAACAUCGAGAAGUGCGAGUUCGGGAAAAACAAAAUAAAUUUCCUGGGCUACGAAGUCUCCGCAGAUGGUAUUUAA